UUAGAUUAGAUUAAGUCUGGGUUGGAGUUGUGGUUUAAGGUGAAGAUUAGUUAGUCAAUAAUGUGAGUUCAGCCAAAGCCCUCACAAGUACACUGAGGUUUGUGUGUGUGUGUGUGUGUGUGUGUGUGUGUGUGUGCGUGUGUGCGUGUGUGUGUGUGUGUGUGUGUGUAUCAGUGGGAAGGGCCAACCACAGCACCUGUAACUCAGCACCUCGGAGAAGACAGACGGAGGAGUGAAUGUGGACAGGAAACUAGAGAGUACCAGAAUAAAUGACGGUAACCAUGCUGUGGUGUUGACUGUCAACAGCUUUUAGCUCUCUUUUGUAGGAUGUUAUGUGAUUUACUAUUGCCACCUUCAGGAGAGACUUCUAAGCCCUGCAACAGGAUGAAUAAAACCAAGCAAUUUAACAUUGAUUCUCCUUCAAACCUGCUCACCUGAGAUGUAUCUUCACUUCCACUUCUGCUUUUACUGUAGUUCUGGGUGAAGAAUGGAUUAUGGGCUCUCCUCUGAGAAGAAACGGGAAUUAAAAACCGUCAGGUGAGACUUAAGUGUCCGUUUUCCUGCUGAGACAGCUUAUCAUUAACUUGCCCCGUAGCAGAGACCUCUCAGCAGGACAGUGGAAGUUGAAUGCAGUUUCACAAAGCGGUUUUGUGGCUAGAAGGCUGAAUUCAGUAGUUAAACAAGUUUUGGAGUGAAGAGGAUGGAAACUAAUCCUGAACCCUGCUGAAGUCAACCACAGCUGGAGAGAGACAAUAUAACUUUCAAACAGCCCUCCCUUCAUCCCACCAUUCAUCCAUCAUGGCAGAGCCGUCUCCAGGCUGGUGGAAGCUCACUUUCCUGAGGAGAAAAAAAUCCCAGCCCAAGGUUCUGUAUGAAAUCCCCGCAGAGUUUGUUUCCAAUGCCGCCACUGGCCAGCACGGGUCCGGCACAGUCACCGGAGCCGCCGCCCACCCAGAGGACGUGGUGCACGGCUCUCACCUGGACGCCAGACUGGAGAGGAUCAUGGAUAAAACAACGGCCAGCAAGGGGCGCCACGUCAAGGUGUCUCACUCUGGGAGGUUUAAGGAGAAGAAGAAAGUGAGAGCCACUCUGUCGGAGAACCCGGAGAUGUUUCCAGGAGGUGACCCUGCGAGAGACGAGAACCAGAGGGCUGGGAAGUGACAGGACACAUCAAAAUAAAUAGUGAUGCAUUCAUAAGAGGAGUUUAAAAUGUGGCGUCUGGGAACGUCAGUUGAUGCAGCCUAAAUUUGGGAAAACUCGGAGCCUUAAUAUCUUCUUAGGAGGACAGCAAUUUUCAAAAUGACCACUAGUCAUCAGAACAAGUGAAAUUUAGACUUUAACUUCCGGGAAAAACAUGUGCCUUGUUUAUAUUAUAUUCUAUAGAGAAGUUUGAGGUUUUCCCAUUCACGUUCAACGCAAGAAACAUCCAGUGGCCUCUAGAGGAAGAGCAUCUUGAAGCACUGGUGUCAGCUGUGGUGGUUGCUGCUUCAUCCACUUGAUAAUAGAACAAUGGUGAUUUAUCCUACAACCUUUCCAGUACAAGAUCUUCAACUCUCAUCUAGUCCACUGUAUUGUUUAGAUGCACCGGUAUCAAACUUGUGACCUUUCCGUUACUGGAUCUAACUAGUAUAGACUGGCUGUGUAGGAUAGCCACUGUGACUGGACCUUUGGAUCUCAUGUGAGACUGCAACUGUACAGCGAUGUAUCUUGAACUCAGGGUAAGGAUCCAAAAAUAUGUGUUGGAAGACUUGGUAAAAUAAAAAAUUAAAAAAUUAAAAUUUUUGUAAAAAGACAAAAAUAAACACGAAGUCCAAAUGACAGGAUAACCUCUCUUGACAGGGUGUCUCCCUCUUGACGGGGUCUCUCAUCGCCCUGAAGGUGAUUCUUUCACAACAAUGACCAGCUAGCUGUACAUUAUCCCGCUUUUUACACGGCUACUUACUGAAGAAAUCAAUAAUUUGACACAAAAACGUUCCGCCAG